AUGCAGUCCCAGCAGCUGGAACUCCGCAAAGCACACCGGCGCUCCCGUGUUCCCCUGUCCUGCGACCCCUGCAGGUCCAGAAAACUCAAGUGUAAUCGGGAGAAGCCGUGCCAGAACUGCACGGCCCGAAACGAGCAGGUGACGUGCAAGUUCCGCCGACCCCUGAGCGCUGCUGCCGGAAGUGCCGGAAGUGCCGGAAAUAUCAAUUCCCAGACGGCACUUCGCGGGGCAAGCCCGGCCCAAUCCCUGGUUGGCGGAGACCGGUCCGAUGCCAGCUCCAAUUUCGCCGGCUACCGCAGCGAUGCCGGCAUAAACGGCGAGUCGAUGCGCCAGCGCAUCGUCCACUUGGAGGACCUGGUCAGGAGGCUCAUCGCGGAGCGCCCGCUUCCCUUGUCGCCGCCCCAGAGCAGCACUGGAGCUUCCAUCUCUACUCCCGAGAAGACGCCCGAGAAGACGCCCGGAACCGACUCGUCCGAUGCUGCCAGCUCCGACGACUUGCCCACGGCGGCCACGGGCAAAACGGUCAUGGAUGGAGCCCGUUCCGUAUACAUUGGCGGGGACGACUUGUCGGUCGUGCUCCAGGAAAUCAACGAGCUCAAGAGGACGUGGAGCCAGCAUGAGCAAGACGACAUGUUCGGCGACCACAACCUCCGAUCCGCUCCCUCACACACAGUCGACGGCUCAAGCCUGCUGUACGACCAGGUGAAGCCGCUCGACCGGAUAAGCAUCCUCUCCAGCCUGCCGCCCAAGCACGAGGUCGACUGGCUCAUCGGCCAAUUCUUCGACCGCCAAAACUUUCCCAUCGCCAUUCCCCCCAUCCUCCACGAACCGACCUUUAUGCGCGAGUACGCGGCGCACUGGAAAGACCCGUCCAGCACCGACUUCAUCUGGCUCGGCCUGGUCUUCUCCAUCCUCGGCAUCACCAUGCUGGCAUUCUUACAGUACGGCGAGCCGCCCGAGUACGAGGGCCUGUCCGAGUCCUUCUUCCAGCUCUACCGCAUGCGCACCGCCCAGUGCCUGCUCAACGGCGACGUGGCCAAGUGCCUGCCCUACACGGUCGAGACGCUGCGGUUCAACGCCACGGCCGAGCUCAACCGCCGCGACGACAACCGCCGCGGCCUGUGGAUCAUGACGGGCGUCGUGGUCCGCGCCGCCGUCAACAUGGGCUACCACCGCGACCCCGGCUCGUAUCCAUCGCCCUCGUCGGGCGGCAUCAGCAUGCUGCAGGCCGAGUACCGCCGGCGCGUGUGGUCGUCAGUCGUCAGCAUGGACGACAUGGCGUCGUUCCUCGGCGGCUUUCCGCGCACCAUGUCGGCGCUGUACGCCGACGCCCCGGAGCCGCGCAACGUGCACGACUGGGAGCUGGCCGAGGACAUGGUGGCGCUGCCGCCGUCGCGCCCGCUGGCCGACACCACGGCCGCCACGUACCUGAUCGUCAAGGGCCGCCUGUUCCGCGAGCUCGGCCGCGUCGCCGACUUCAACAGCACCCCGACGCUGGGCUCGUACGACACGGUGCUCGAGAUCGACUGCGCGCUCGCCGCCGUCUACGACACCUUCCCGCCGUACAUGAAGGUGUCGGCGCCGACGCUGGCGUCGGCGCCCCUUGCCACGCCGCCACCCACCGCAGCGUCUGCCGGUGCCGCUUCGGCGGCGCGCAGCAGCAGCCCGGCCAACUUCUCCAACAUGAGCCUCGUGGGCAUGUACCACCGCGGCAUGUGCACGCUGCACCGCAAGUUCCUGGCCAAGGCGCACAACCAGCACCACGAAGGCGGCGACGGCGGCGGCAGCGGCAGCGGCAGCGGCGAGCGGUUCCGGCUGUCGCGCGACCGCUGCGUUGCCUCGGCGCUCGGCCUGCUGGCCUUCCAGGAGCUGCUGGAGCCGGCCUUUUACCGCAUCUCACAGACGCGCCAGAUGCUCAUGCUCGGCGCCAUGGUGCUGUUUCUCGAGCUGGCGCUGCGGCGGAAGAAUGCCAACAGCAAUGCCAACAUGUCGCCGCUGCUACAGCGGCGCGAUGAAGGCGACGGGAGCCCGAGCAGCGCGGCUCUGCUGGCCGCGCUCGAGAGGUCGUGUGUCCUCCUCGAGAAGGCCAUGGACGUGUGCGAGGAGGCCCGGAGGGUGCACCAGUUUCUCAUCGGGCUGCUGUCGAGCUUUCGGACCGAGACGGCGGCGGCAGCGACGGCGUCGGCCGUCGAAGUGCCGGCGGACCAGCUGCUGUUUUCGGGACUUGCUGGUGGCGGCAGCCCGCCUUUCGAUGCUGCUAUUCCGGGCAGUUUCUCGUUCGAGAUGGAUUUUGACUGGGCUACGUGGGAUACUUACAUCGAGGAGACGGGGUAUGAGACUGGGCCUACGUAUUGA